AUGCGUCAGUUUGCCGUCGACUUCUCUCUGGUUGUACUGUCGGUUCGGUGUGCAUACCUCGUUGACGCGAUUAUCUUGAAGGAACCAUUGCAGGACUUUGAUACUGUUUUACAGCGACUUCGUGACAAGGUUAGCAGGACAGCUCCAAAUUCUGUCACGUUUCACAUUGGUAUGAGAUCUCGUCUCAACAGUCAUUUGUUGUGA